GAGGAAAGUUCAAGUGAUAGUUAUUUUUAUUUCAUAAUAUAUAGUAUAAAUAUAACAUACAUAAGGAACGGGUGAAAGAUGUAAUACACUCUGACUGACUCCACUCGUGUAGCUUAGGUUAAUGGCCGCCUCCGUGUGUUGACAUGAGUACCGAAGGUGGCGUUGAGUGUUUCUGUGUUUUCUAAUUUUCUAAAGUUAAAAUGGGCAAAGUCAAACAGAGGAGGCAACGCAAUGCGCGAUUUAAUCCCUUAGGGUUAUCCGAAGCUGUUGCAAGUGACAAUGUGGUGGCGGUUGGUGCAAAUGAGGAGGAUUCUGGUGACAUUACCCCUGGCGGCUUGAAGAUCAUCGGUGAGAGGGGAUACUCAUGAACAUCGGUUAUUGUUCCAGCACAGAAAGUAAUUUCCAGUUAUUUUUACAGUUAUUAGCAUCCAUAUUAGAAAGAGAUACUUUAGUUCAUACAAUAGAAUAUGCUGCACAGUCUGGCUCUGCUGACUCGAAGCCAUCUUUGAUUCCCCAAGAUCUUGAACACCUCAUUGUAGCUCAACAGCUUUGCCUGGAGAUACUAUCAAACAUAUGUUGUUCUGAAGAUGAUGAUGAUGAUGAAUGGAAUGACAGUGAAAUUGUUUCUGAUGAUGAGAUUGGAGAUGCAGAAGAAUCAAUGGACUUUGGAAACAAAUCUGUUUUGUCACCAGAGGUUCAAGAAGGCAUGAAACAUUUCAACCUAUUUCAGUUAAGUUUAAGGAAGGUUCAGUACCCAGAUGAAAAUACAUGUCAAGCCUUACAAAACUUGAAAUAUGGCCCAUCUCUUCUGUCCAAACUGAGAACCUUACAAGUUCGUGCAUUGUUAUCUCUUCAGAAUAUGAUAAGCGCCCUUGACUUAAAUGAUAUUGGCGGCAGUGAUUUGAUGUAUCAGACUUGGAUAAAUUUAGGUACUAUGGUCUUCGGAAAUACUUGUGAAGAUAGUAUGUUGGAAGCAGCCACAGGUACAAUGCGUGCAAUAAUGGAAAAAUUAAGUCGAGACAAAUGCGAAAAACUAGCCGAGAUAAGUCUACAAGAUAUAAAGGUAAUAUUGGAAGCUGGAGUAUCGUGUACUAUAGCUAGUGUUAGAGGAAACUUAGGAAGAAUGAUUGGAACACUUGGAUGCCUUUUAGUGUCACAGAAUACUGAGGAUUCCCUUUAUACUGAUGAAAGGACACUUGUUCUCAGUGCCAUUACCGAGUUUCUCCUUAAGGUUGCAGCUCAGGAUACUGAACUAUGGGUUUCUGCAGAAGCUUUAGAUGUUAUUAUUGAUCUCUACUCAGAUGACAAGACUGAUAGACUUGCAUAUCAAACAUGUUUGGUUGAUAGUCUGAAGGAAAUACAGCCAAACUUUAAAUCAAAAUAUCAGAAGCAGAAGAAGAGGUUGGGUGACCACGGUGCGCUAGUCAUGACUGUAAAAGACAACUUACUGGCAUUCAUCAAAUACAAAGGUCCAAGAGCCUUGAAACACAGAAAUGCUUGAAGGAGUAUGGUAGUAUUAAUCCUUUUAAAAUUGUUAUUUAAAGAUUAUUUAUAGCAAGGAUUCUACUUUGCAUAGCCUUUAUUGGAUCUUGUUUAAUAUGUGGAACAUAUUUAUCUUGACAGUCAUAUUUUUUAUAAAUGAUGAGUGUUAGAAUACAUUUACCAGAUUAUAUAUUUGACAGCUGUGUCUUUAGUUGAAAUAUUCAAUUAACAUUUAAAUUGCUGUAGAUGCUUUGUUCAUAUGAAAUUUCCAUUACAGUUCUAAAUUAUAUAAGCAACAAAUCACCUCGAUUCACUCAGUAAUGUGAUGUAUGGAAUAGGCUCAGGCCUUUACGAAGAUGGUAUUCGGUUUAAUGUCAGUGUAUUAUACAUGUUGGUUGGUAUACUGAUGUAUUUUUAUGCUUCUUAUACAAUUUCUGUUAUUAAAUUUGUUAGUGAUGAAUUUGCAUUGUUUGGCAGAGGCUAUUCCAUAUUAAUUUUAUAGUUUACGUAUGGAUGAGCAUGUAUAAGUAACAACUUAUUUUCACAUUUACAAACUUGUGUUAAUGUAUUUUAAGGUUUCUAAAUAAACUUUGUUACUUUUGAGAAA